AUGGUCGCCGCGCGCUUUCGGCAACGGUCAAUGUUGACUGCCGGCCCAACUGGAAACAGCGGCACUGCACUGCACGGCUCCCAAAUGUAUGUGCAGCGCACGCUCAAACGCAAAAUGCACGAAAAGUACAGACCCAACCACUCGAAGUUAGACCAAAGACACGUCGUCCUUGCACUCACUCUUCCAGCCAGCCAUGCCGCUGCACAGCACAUCAGCACCCGUCCCGCUCCCGCGCCAGCCCUCUCCGAGACAAUCUCCCCCGAUCCCAACCUCCUCCUCCUCCUCCUCUCUCCAAUCUCAUGUGCGCCAGCCAACAGGGGAUGCGACCAUGGUCAGCUUCCAGCUCACUCCCCGCCUCCAGCUCGGCCCACGGCCUAUAUAUUCACUCACCCGCACCCACUCUCCACUAACCCUUUCCUGCUCUGCUCCGCUCCUCACAUCUCCAGCUCACACAACUCCGGAGAGCCAACACCACACACAGAGUCAGUGAGGGCUGCAAUGGCGAGGCGCGCCUUCUUGUCCCAGCCGAGGCUGGUUCUGCUUCUGGCGGUUCUUGCCGACGUGGUCGCCAUGGCGAUGGCCAGGCAGCUGCUGGGCGCCGCAGCGGACACGCCGACGCCGCUGCCGGCGGAGGGGCCGGACGCCGCGGCGCGGCCUGGCGGCGGGAAGCACGACCGGUCCAUCGCCGGCGCCGAGGUGAUCCUCGCCGGGUUCGCCGCGGCCAUCAUGGCCGUCAUCUUCCUCUACAUCCGGGUCACCAGGAAGAGCAACGACAGGGCCGCAGCCGGGAUGGCGGGGAAGGCCUAGUACAAGAGCUCAGACGGUACUGCUGUCUCUUUGCGUUUUGGGUUCUUGGGAUUCAGAGAGACUUGUAAAGAAGAUGGGAUGGUCGGUAGAGUUUAGUUUAGAUCGAGCACUCCACAUGUGUGCGUGUGUGUCACCGUGGUGAUUAAACUGGAAAUCUGUAGCCUGUCUUGUACAUGUAUGCGUGGAGAACUUGGGAUUUGAGAAUGAGAUUUUGGAUAAA